AUGGCACAAGCGAUUCACGAUUUUCACGAUCCAUGUACUCCGAACGCCCUGAGCUUUCAUAAAGGGGAUCUGCUCUCGAUCUUUUGCAAUACCACGACCCCCGUAGUGGAUCGGCACGGAACAUAUCGCGGUUUUCUCACCGCACAUGGACCUCAACCAGUUGGUCUGGUCCCCGGUUGGGCGAUCACUUUCGUCCCCAGUUCAAAACCAUCUCCAUUAAUCUCACCAUUGCCGAGGACUAAAGUGGAUUUUGCGGUUCAAACUGACUUCCCCGAUGAUGUAGUCGACGAAUACUUUAGCGAUACGGACGACUCGUGCAGUUCAGAAGCCGAGGCAGACAGUGGUACAAAUCACGGUGGUGGACGUUCAGUUGAACUGGUCCAAGCUGCUCCACCUCGAACACACAUCAUGUCCUCUUCGGUCGAGCUUAAAAUGCCAACCCGACAUUCAGGUCCCGGGUCUCCGACUGGUCCACGACCUACAGGGAUGAAAAUGAUGACGAUGCAGACAACGGCAACAACAGCAACCGGGAUGUCACAAACCACCAAGAUGAACAAGUCCAACCUGAAUGGCUCCAGUACAGAGUGCAGUUCGGAUGGAACUGUGCUUCAUAUUGGUAAUCCGACGGCGCAGACCAUGACACCUGCGUGGGUCAGUACAAAGCGUCACAGUGCGGCCAGUUUGGAUAGCGGACGUGAUUCAACUUACGCCGCGAGCAGUGAAGGUAGUGGAGGGACUCACUCUACCCAUCCAUCAUCCGGUGGAAUGUUGCGUUCACCUCAGCCGAGUUUAGAUCGAGCACCGAUGAGCAGACUGGACGCCGCACAUCAGGAACAAAAUGUCACUGUUAUGCACUGUUCCUAUCCAGGUACCGCAUACAACACACGUAACAACACCCUGGUCACACCUCGAACCCCCAUGGGGAAUGUUACCAACCCACCUGUUGGGGAAUCCGCCAUCAAUUACGCCCCAACGGAGGGAACGUUGUCAAUCAGUUCGGCGGAUUCUUUGAGCGAAGGAUCAUCACGAUUCGUUUUUCCCUAUAGUUGCAGUUCAUUACCAUCGGCCGCGGCCAGCAUACAACCCAUCAACAUGCCCACAAAUCCUCAUCGUCCCAUGAUGGGUACGAUCACUGGACGCUCGAUAAUGCCCGAGCAACAUACGUAUAGCCACUUUGUUCCAACAUCCCCGGGCGUCUCCUCUGGGGACUUUCGUUCUCCACAUCCCGUUUUUCAUUCUCCGCAUCCAGUAGGUCACACUAGAGGCAUGGCAUACCGGCCAGUGGAACAUUUCGAACGUCGAAGGGAGAUCAGUCACGAUCCCUUGGCACAAUGGCUUUAUUCGAUCGGACUGAGUCGCCUGGAAGAAACUCUGUCAUCAGCCGGUUUUGAUUUGUGGACAUUGUGCCGCACAACUCCGGAGGAACUGAACGCAUGUGGCGUCACCAAUCCAGCUGAUCGGCAAGUGCUACGCAUGGAGCUGAACCGCUUGCAAUUGCCCGACCUGAUCCCUGAUCAAUUGCCGGUCAAAGUCUACGAUUGGCUGGCUCAGCUAAAUUUGGCCGCGUAUUGGCCGUUUUUCCGUGAACAAAAACUGUGUACUUUCGAACAGAUUGCCAAACUAACUUGGGAGGAUUUGGAAGAAGUGGGUAUUUCUAAAUUAGGGCAUCAAAAGAAAUUGCUCCUCGCUAUCAACCGACUGACUCGUCAGAUUGCCACAGCCAAUAACAAUCUCAAUCGUAUUCCUUCUCCGUACGUCCCAACGAGCAUGGACAAUGUUGGUGGAUACUCAAUCCAUUCUAGUAACGUGCCCGGUUAUUCCUCCUCGUUCGGUUCAUCUGCCUCCAUUUCCUCCCCGACGGGAAUUCACAACACGGAUUCCCUUUCCUCAUUGGUGCCACCAAUUGUACCAACCGCAGAGAACUCGAACCCAACCGGUUGUUUAUCUAUCUGCCCUCCACUCACACUUGAAGAGCUUCAAGAGACGGAGAAUCUUGGCGAAUCGCCACCAUUUCCUUCUCCACCACCUGCGUUCCAAGAUCCCGUCCCGUUGCCUCUUCCUCCCGAGGAAGAUGCUAUUCCUCAAACGUUUACACCUGUCCAGAACACUGAGGUUCAAACUACCGUAUGCGAUGCACAAAAAACAACAACAAGAACAACAAAAACAGUUACCACAACAAAUCUACCUCCCCCAGUACCACUUCGUCGUUCAUCCAUGACGGAAGAGGUCGUGGAUAUCGAUCCAAUCGGGUCAUCAACACAAAUGCCCUGGUCCGGUCAACAAAGUAAUAAAAAUUCCCUACGUUUUCGCUUCCCAAGAAUGGCGCGACGAGUUCACUCCAUUGUGUCCUCUCACAUGCAAGAUUCAGUCCAACCUGGAACCAAUCUGGAAGAUCCGCACAAUUUGACACGGCGCUCCUCUAGCCCAUCGUUGUUCCCGCUCAAAUCCGAUGCACUUGUUGCAAAGGAGCAGCUAACCAAAUGGGCAUCGGGUAAGUCGAAGACCAAUAGCUACUGGUGUCAGCGAGAGAGAGAGAGAAGUGACCAUUCAGUAUAA